AGCAACUGACAGCGUUAGACGUCCUAUCGCUGUCAAUAUAAUCGAAAUUUAAUUUAAUUUAAACCUAAUUUGGCCGUAAACAACAAAAGUAUUAGGAGGCGGAGCAAUUCCAAAUUCCGUUGCAUGGAGGUGUGCUACUUCCGCCUUCUGACGUCAUAAGUCAUUAAUCGACGAGUAAGAAUGUGAGAGCAGCGGGCCAGGAGUCAACACAUCAAGGGGAACCCGAACACAACUGCUUGGAGACGUCCUCGCCCUUAACCCAGCAACGAGGAGUCCCAACUCGGCUUGAGCAGCACACCUGAACCGAGGAACCACUGAAGCCCGGACGGUCAAACUUCAGUUUGUACAUUGUGCGAAAUCUUUAGACAUCUCCAGGCACCAUGGGCGAAGCAGCAGUCAAAGAGGAUGGCACAGUCAUACGAUCAGCUGAGUACAUCGGCUCAUUUCUGGUGGAUGACAGCUGCCUGGACGACCAGAUUGAGCAACUGCACAGGAACCUGAAGACCCUGAAAACAUCCAAGAAGAAAAGGCCUGUAUCCCUAAAGUUCUCCAUCAAAGGUGUGAAAAUGUACAACGAGGAUGAAACGACUCUCUUGAUGGCCCACGCCCUGCGCAGAGUGUCACUGUCUACCGCAAGACCAAGCGACGCCCAGUUUGCAUUUGUCUCGCACAACCCAGGCAGCACCGACGCCCAGCUGUACUGCCACGUUUUUCGAGCCAGACACGCCAGAGCCGCGCAGUUCUUGAACCUUCUGCUGUGCCGCUGUUUCCAGCUGUCUUACCUGGAGAAGCACCCAGAAGAAGCCCAGGAAGUUUCUUCCGGCUCUGCACCCCGUCGUAAUCCGUCGCUGCUCAACCACGGUUUCCCACUCAGUGUUAGCGCCCUGGUGUCCUUCAGAAGAGCUCCGUUUCGGGGGUUGAUGUUCGGGUCUAAGAAACACAACAAGCCCGCUGAAGAGCAGCAACUUGGCAGCCAGGACGAAGUCUUUCCCUCGUCCUCCCCGUCCCUGGUGCGCAAGAAAGCCAUCCGCAGCAAAGCGCUGCGCUCCGGGGCAUACCGCUCCUUUACGUUCACGCCGCUCAAGCAGCGCCACGUCCAGGAGCGCCUCAGCGCAUCUCAAGAAAAGGACCACGAGAAGACCCCAGCAAGACGAUCCCGGGCCCCGAGCUUGGCCGAAACCGAGGAAGCGCUGGCUCAGGCAGUUUGGUGUUGGGGUGGUAUCGCAACUGACAGCAGCUACUCCCUCCUGGCUGAUGACGUUUUGGGUUCCUACCUCUUAUGCCCGCACCCCAAGAAACCCAAAAGUGGGUCCCUCAUCAUUCGAUUUCCAUCUGGCCUUGUCACCCACCUCAUCGAAAACACACGUAAAGGCAAUUUUCUUUUGGAGAAAUCCAAAGCCGAAUUCAGUUCCCUCGCAGAGCUGAUUGAACAUUACACGGAAAACCAAGAUGGACUGCCAUGCCGACUGAGCUGCGCCCGGGUCAACCACUGCUACGAGUGGGAGGAGGAAGACGCUACAGCGCCCAAGACCCAGGAGCGACGCAAAAGUCUGAACAAAAGUAGAAUGCAGAGGAUAGUGAAAGGAAUAGGGGUAAAAUUUGGGCACUAGAAGCGGUUUACGGCCAAUUUUUUUGGAAGUCACUCUUCACGAAAUCACACUAACAAUGGUGGGACAUUUCAAAUGUAUUAAUACUCAACGCACCUUUCUAAUUACUCUGUAAGCACUUCAAGUAUCAUUAAUGUAUAGGUCAUUUGUCAAAGCUGUUUUUUGUAUUUGCUGCUUUUAUGUUUUUAUAUACGUAUAUACGUAUGUUUUUUUUUAAUGGACUUCCAUAGUGUUUUUUAAGUAUUUGCUCAAUCUUUAUGAGGUUAAGCACUUAGGCUGUUAAAUCUGUUGACAAAACUGGUUUUCUUUCCAUUGUCAACAUGUUGCAAAUAUAUUUGUUUAUGUUUGAGUAUGUGGUGUUAAUUUAUUUGCCACAAAUUGUCAACAGUUUUUUUCUUGUGCUAAAAUUUAGACGCGUGUGAUAAUCUACUUUAAACUCCUGUUAUCACAUUAUGCGUGUGCU